GCUCAGAUAUUUUCUCGAAAAGUAACCUCGAUUACCGUGUCAAGCAAGCUUCCCACUCCCCACAUCUUUUGCCCCAAGCCUCCCCUCAAUUAUUAUUACUCCUCCCCCAAACAUCCCCUCUGUUUUUUCCCUUUUCCUGACCCGACCCGUUUCGCCAUGGACCCAGAACUCUCAAUUGCGCCGGCGGUACACACCCCCACCGUCGUUCCGGCGAGUCAACCGAAAUGCCUGGCACCUGGGUUCAGGUUUCACCCGACUGAUGAGGAGUUGGUUCGGUAUUAUUUGACCCGGAAAGCUUGUGGGAAGCCCUUUAGGUUUCAAGCUGUUUCUGAGAUUGAUGUUUAUAAAUCUGAGCCUUGGGAACUUGCAGGUUACUCAUCACUGAGCAGCAGAGAUUUAGAAUGGUAUUUCUUCAGCCCUGUAGAUAGAAAGUACGGCAAUGGAUCUCGACUCAACCGUGCCACUGGCAAAGGAUAUUGGAAGGCAACUGGUAAGGACCGGUCAGUACGUCAUAAAGGUCAAACAAUUGGAAUGAAAAAGACACUGGUCUUUCAUAGUGGGCGAGCACCUGAUGGGAAGCGAACCAACUGGGUGAUGCAUGAAUACAGACUUUCAGACAUAGAAUUGCAGAAAUCCGGGGUAGCACAGGACGCCUUUGUGCUGUGCAGAAUUUUCGAGAAGAGUGGUUUAGGACCACCAAAUGGGGAUAGAUAUGCGCCAUUCAUUGAAGAGGAAUGGGAGGAUGAUGCUGCCCUUUUGGUUCCUGGAGGGGAGGCUGAGGAGGAAUUGGCGAACGGUGAUGAUGUGAGGAUUGGGGCCAGUGACUUUGAAAAGGAUGCAAACAAGGCAUCGCAUUCUCCCAGUGAAAUUCCAAUGGAAUCUCUUAGUAUUCCUUUUGGUUGCAAGAGGGAACGAACGGAUGAUUGCCCCAUUAACGGUGAGGCUGAGCUAGAACCAGUUCAGAUGUUUGAAAUCAAAAGGUCAAAGCAUAGUAAUCCAUCCUCAGAAGAUUCAACUACAACGAGCCACGAUCUUCCAGCAGGGCCAUCUACGAAUGGUACACUCCUGGAAUUUCCGUUGUUGGAUUCAAUCGGGAACAGAGAGAGCCAUCAAUCCAGCAUCACACUUACGUUUGAUGCCUCUAAUCUUGAAAAAUCCGUGCCCCCAGGAUACCUGAAAUUUAUAAGUAAUUUAGAAAAUGAAAUCCUCAAUGUUUCAAUGGAGAGAGAGACCUUGAAGAUUGAAGUGAUGAGGGCCCAAGCCAUGAUUAACGUCCUUCAGUCGCGCAUUGAAUACCUUAACAAAGAUAAUGAGGAGUAUCGAAGAAUGAUCCAGGGUAAAUAGCUAUGCUGGUGACACAUAACAGUGAGCUUUCUAGUUCUAGCUUUGUACUCUUAAUCUUAACUUUCAUUUGUAGUUGCAUUUUGUUCAUCUGUUUCCACCGAGUGCAAAUGAACGCUCCCUAGUUGUUUUAGAGCAUGCAUGUCAUCUGAACUGCCUCUUUGAAUCAAAAACGUCUUAGACGAUUAUUCGAUGCUCAAUGCUAGAUGGUCAUUGGAAACCCAAUUUCUUGA